UGUGGAAGAGGUAUCGGCUGGCCGCAUGGAACUCUGGGUAGGAGCGUGCCGCGAUCGCUGUCUCCUUUCCGUCACGGAAAUAACCGAGGACAGUGCGAGCUAACACAUCGUGUCAUCAUGGCGCAACGCUGCUUACUUCUGUGCAUUCUCAUUAACGCUAUCUCAGCCUCUGACGGAACCUUAAGAUACGUACAAGUGCUGUUUCGUCAUGGAGAUCGGGCACCUAAACACACUUAUGCUUCUGACCCCCAUCAAGAAGACGCGUGGCCCCAGGGAUGGGGACAACUCACACAGGAAGGCAUGAGACAGGAGUAUGAACUCGGCCAGUACUUACGAAAACGCUACGUCGGCAGCGGAUAUAUACACGGGAACUACACAGCAGAUGAGAUCCACGUUCUGUCCACUUAUCAAGACCGCGCUAUAAUGAGCGCGAGCUGCAUGCUGGCUGGCCUGUUUCCUCCGACAGGAUAUCAGAUUUGGAACCCCGCUAUACCGUGGCAACCCAUCCCUAUUCACACACUGCCCAAAGAAGAUGAUUUUUUAUUUGAAAUGGAAUGUCCAACAUACGAUGCCUUGGUCAAUCAACUGCCGAAAACGGAUUACGGGAAAAAAUUGGAGAAAGAAAACCAGGAUCUGUUGGAUCUAAUCGCCAAACACGCGGGGUAUCCGCCAACCUUAAAAAGUUUGAUGGACUUCUUUGACACCAUAUAUAUAGAGAACUACCACAACUUGACGUUUCCUCCGUGGCUCCGACAGAAUGACUUGUACAAGAGGUUCGUGGCACUCAAAGACUUGAAGGCGGAAGCCAAGUUUGCUACGAGACCCAUGGCCAGGAUAAUAGGGGGCCCCUUCCUGGGAAAGAUCAUUAAGAACUUUGAUGACUUUGUCAACUUUAACAACAUCACACGAAAGAUUGACUUCUUCUCAGGCCACCAAACGAACGUCAACGCUCUGUUGUCGGUGAUGGGAAUGUUCAACCAACUCUACAUCUCGUACGCUGGGGCAGUGCUUAUGGAGCUUCAUCACAAUGAGACUGAGGGAUACACUGUCGAGUUCUACUUCAGAAAUGACACCAACGUAGAGCCAUACUUACUGACAGUGCCGGGAUGUGUUCCGUCUUGUCCACUGUCAAGGUUAAAGGUGUUGACACGUGACGACAUUCCAGAUGACCCCGUGGCUUCGUGCUUUGGUCAUCCCUCCACACCCCCGUGCUCGACACAAGGGUCCAGCAGCACAUAUAUAACACUAUCUGUUCUACUUCUCCCAUUGGUGAUCGCUAUCGUCAAAGUGAUAUAAAUUCAAGGUUCCAUGUAACUGUGUUUGUUGUUUACCGCCCGCAGCGCUAUGUCAAUAAUCGAGUCUAGACCCGACAGUGAUUGACGUCAUGAGCAUCGAUCCACGCAAUUGCGAUACGAUGACAUGUCAUCAGCCAGGUCUGACCAACCGAUCCAUUUAGUCCCCUCUUCCGACAAGGAUGGGUUGCUGUCAAUAAUGAUGUUGUGUAUGCAAAGGAUGAAGGAGCUGGAGGCAAGAGUCAAUCACCCCGUGAAGAUCCGGAUUGGAAUUGGCCUUCAGCAACCCCUGCUUGGGACUAUGCUUGUUAUAAGAGGCGACUAACUGGAUCGGGGGGUCAGGCUUGCUGACUUGGUUGAUGCAUGUCAUCGUAUUCCAAUUGCCUUGGUCAAUUCUCAUGUUGUCAACUGCUGGAUUAUCUGGUACAAUCUCGAUAAUGUCCAGACCGCCGUUAUAACUGGAAUAUUGCUGUAUCACAAGGGAUAAAUAUUUCAGUGUCAGAACAGUUAAGGACUUUUUUAAUGAUGUCAAUUCUCAUUUAAUAUUAAAUGUUGACUCUGUGUUCAUAAGUCAUCCACUGGCUUCCAAUUAUCUUAAUCAGCUCUCUGUGUCCAUCAAUCAAUUUACUGUAUAAACUUUAAUGUUAAUAAGUAUAUAUACCUAUGUUGUUUAGCACUAUCCAUC